AUAGGACAAGAAAUAGGGGAAAAAAACUUAAAUGGGUCCUUAGCUCCUUUUGCAACGAGUAAUUUAUGCCUAAUCUUGGAGGCAUUCCAAAAUGGAACAAAUGGGUCUCAGGAUCCAACGGUUAUCAGCCUCACAUGCAGUUAAUAAUGCAUUUUUUGUUCAUAAGUUAAGACUUUUUCUUCUUUGCUUAUUUGCUUGUAGAGAAGAGAAUAAGCAGAGAAGAAAGAGUGAAAACUUGUUUACAAGUGCAUUAUUCAUCCAUUCUUCCCUGAGGAGUGUCAAAGAGCACUAUGAAACCAAGAAAGUAAGGGAACUCUGCACUCAUUUUGAUAGGUAGCACUAUGGACUUCCUUUCAAUUGAUUAAAUCGGCUAUUCAACUGUUCCAGAAUGAGUGCAUUACUUGUGAGGCACAUCAAUGCCGAGGCUGUUCCUGGUUCAUUAGAGCAAAACAGGGUUGAUUGGUCACAAGCAGAAAAGAAGUCCCUCCGAGCCCGUUACUAUUAUGGCAUUGUCUUCCUCUUAACAAGUCUUUUUGCUUGGGUUUUCCGGGAUUAUGCACAAAGGGUUUUGCCUCAGCUUCAAUAUCUUCAAUCUUGUGGCGCUGAGGGAAUAGAAUGCUUUGGGACAUUGGGAGUUCUUCGUGUGAGUUUAGGAUGCUUUAUAUUUUUCUUUAUUAUGCUCCUCACUACAAUUGGUACAAGCAAAUUAUAUGAAGCUCGCAAUAAUUGGCAUUCAAGGUGGUGGACAGUGAAGUUCUUCCUGUUGAUUCUGUCAUUGGCAGUUCCAUUCUUCUUUCCUUCGGACUACAUUCAACUAUAUGGUGAAUUUGCUCGUGUUGGUGCUGGGAUUUUUCUGCUUCUCCAACUUGUGAGUGUUAUUGAGUUUGUCGCAUGGUGGGAUGACUACUGGAUGCCUGAUGAGUCAAAGAAGCAAAAGUACAGUUGUUCCCUGGGAUUAUUCACGUCAACGCUUUUCUACAUUGCUUCUGUAUGUGGAAUUGUGGCGAUUUACUUCUUUUAUGUACCAAAACCUUCCUGUGCUCUCAACAUAUUUUUCAUUUCAUGGACCGCAGUUCUGCUUACAGUGAUGAUGAGUAUAUCCUUAUAUUCGAAGGUCAAUAGAGGUCUUUUAUCCUCGGGAAUUAUGGCUUCAUACAUUGUCUACCUUUGCUGGUCUGCUAUAAGAAGUGAACCUGCAAGUGAGACCUGCAACAGACAACAUAAAGUGGAUGGACAUACUGACUGGAGCACUGUACUUGGAUUCUUAAUUGCAUUAGGUGCCAUUGUAAUGGCAACCUUCUCAACAGGGAUCGAUUCAAAAUCUUUUCAGUUUUGCAGAGAUAAAGUAAAACUGGAGGACGAUAUUCCAUAUAAAUAUGGAUUGUUCCACCUGAUAUUCUCAUUGGGGGCCAUGUACUGUGCAAUGCUAUUCAUUAGUUGGAAUCUACGAGACUCUGCAAGAAAGUGGAGUAUCGAUGUUGGCUGGGCAAGUACAUGGGUGAAAAUUGUCAGUGGGUGGUUUGCAGCUUCAAUAUACAUAUGGAAAUUGAUCUUCCCAGUUGUGAGACAGAACAAAGUCAUGGAUGUAGAAGUCUCUGUGGAGCAAAGAGUUACAACCUAGCUUUGUCGUACCAAAGUACCAAACUCAUUUGGUAAUACAAUACCUAACGCGUUCUCAUAUUCUUCAUUUUUCUUUCCAGAUUAAUCUCUCAGACUACAGAAAAUAAGCUGAGAAUUCUUAGAUUUGAAUGUCAAAAGCAACAGACAGAUAUCAGCACCAUUUUUUGUGUUUCUUGCUUAUUCAGUUGAUAUAUUCAUUUCUUUA